AUGUUCUUGGAGCCGGCUCCCCAAGCUCCGACCGAGGAUCUUCCGCUGCCCGAGGGGUUCAAGCCCCUGGUGGGGUUCAAGCUGUGCCCUCCAGGUGGUGUCUACCUUCAGCUCUUCUUCUGGCUACUGGACAACGUGACAGACGUCAUCCAAAUUGUCACGUUCGUCUUGCACAAGGACUUCGGGUUCGCCUUCUUCGUUGGCUUCUUUGUGGCCAUGGGCCUGGUCUACGCCCUGUUCGUCAUGGUUCAACUUGAAUCCGACUCAAUUGCGAACAGGGGUGGGCCGAUCGCUGGCUCAGUCUUGCUGGCACCUUUCAGGGCUGCCGUGGAGAGCGCGGAAGCCGGCGUGGCAACCAUGACUUGGGGGUGGAUACUUCGGGCCGAGCAGCAGAUCGAGGCUUUCCUGGUUCGAGCAAAAGGAGCGCAGAUGCGCAGGAGGAGCUUGAUGAUGAUCGUGUCCUUCGACUCGGAGUACAACCUGAACAAACCAGUGACGACCAUCAGAAGCCCGAGGUUCUUGUUGCUUCGCAUGAGGAAGGGGCAAGACAAGCAAGGCGCAGUAGACCAAGUACAGCCUGUGAGAUCUCCUUUGACGACAGUGUUCCCAAACAUGUGCAGUCUGCCCUCGCAAGGUUACAUCAAAAUCUCGGACAUCCUGCUGUACAUGAUCUGGCAAGGCAUCUCAGAUUUGCCGGAGCUGAUGCCGGGUCGUGAAGGCUUGCAAAAGUCUCCGUUGUGA